ACUGCGGGAGGGCAUGGUCACGGCUUUCUCCAUGGAGGGCUGUAUCCCAGGGCAGAACAUGCCCUGCCUUCCAGCUGGGGAAGGAUCAGCAGGGACUCACACGUGUCUUGUAGCAGAGCUGGUACAGAUUCGUCUUGUGUGUUGCUCUGGGUGCUUUUAUGUCACGCUGCUUCAGUGUAUUCAGCAGUGGGGUGCUCGGAAGUAUUUCUCUAUUGCCAGUUCCUUCCUGGAGAAAGAGGCAGAACUGCAAGGCUGGAGAUCCAAUGAGAAGGGGACUGAAUUCCGGAAUUCUGUUUUCUCGGCUGUCACUGCAGUGUUUGUGACAGGAAGGAAGGGCUUUGAAGACGGUUCAACAGUGUGACCACUCUCUUGGUUCAUAUACUCACAGCAAAGCCUUCAUCUCUCAUGGAUUAUAGAUCUAAAUUGAUGGCUUCAGUAACAGAUGCCAGGUUCAGGCAGAAAGAUACUUCAGACCAAAAUUUUGAUUACAUGUUCAAGCUCCUGAUCAUUGGCAACAGCAGCGUGGGUAAAACAUCCUUCCUCUUCAGAUACGCCGAUGACACCUUCACGCCAGCCUUUGUGAGUACAGUGGGAAUUGACUUCAAGGUGAAAACAGUUUACAGGAAUGACAAGAGGGUAAAGCUGCAGAUUUGGACUCAGGGUUUUUCAGUUCAGGGGUGCUUGUGGAGUUCUGAAGUGAGCACAGCUGUGGCAGACGGGAGGUGCUCAAGGGCUGUGCCAAAUAACCUUGUUCUGUGUUCUGCAAAUCUCAAGGAUACAGCUGGACAAGAAAGAUACAGGACCAUCACUACAGCCUACUACCGAGGAGCCAUGGGCUUUGUCCUCAUGUAUGAUAUCACCAGUGAAGACUCCUUCAAUGCUGUGCAGGACUGGGCCACACAAAUCAAGACCUACUCCUGGGACAAUGCACAGGUGAUCCUGGUUGGAAACAAAUGUGACAUGGAGGAUGACAGGAUUGUUCCCAUGGAGAAGGGGAAACAUCUGGCGGAUCAGCUGGGUUUUGACUAUUUCGAAGCCAGUGCCAAAGAAAACAUCAACGUGAGGCAGGUGUUUGAGCGUCUGGUGGAUAUAAUCUGUGAAAAGAUGUCGGAGAGCAUAGAAUCAGACAAUUCCAGGGGCACUUCUGGAAGAAGCAUGCGGCUCACGGACAACCCCCCCCCUUCACAGCAGAACUGCUCGUGCUAGUGACCUUUCACACUGAGAAAUGUCCUUCUCCCCGAUUAAAUAUUCUCUUUUCAUUUGUGGUGGUGCAUUAUCAUGUAGUCCAAAGGCAGAAGUGUCUGUUGUAGGAAAUUGGUAUGUUUGUUUAAUGUGCUGGAGUGUUAAUAUUAUGUAUUUCCUCCUCCAAUAAUUUAAUAAUCUGAAAAAAUAUUGUAAGUGCAUCUCGUGUGAAUGUGAAUUACACUGAAGAAAAAUAAUUGUGUAGUGAUGCAAAUGUUAUUUCUACAGAGAAUGUUGCAUUUUUUAAUUGUAAAUUCAUCUAUUGCAGAAAGAGUUUUUUUGUCAAGAACAGCAGGAAGCACAAAAACCAAUUAGAAGGGACCAGGUCUAAGAGAAAAAAGAAAAAUCUCUUCUAAAGCAAGAAUAGGCUUUUUUUAAACAUAAAACAAAAAAAAAACGCCAAUCCCCAGAUAUUUUGAAAAUUGUUGCUGUCCUCCAGCCACGGAUCUCAGUUUUUCUGUAGGAUGGAGCAGAAAGCAGAGAAUUUCUGUCUUAACAGUGUGAGGUCCUCCAGAGUGUGAGGAAGAAGGAGGUUGGAUUUUGUGUCAAGUCUCUAAACAGAUGAAGAUCACAGGGAGGAAUCAAAGCUGAUGGGCUGAGGAGGAGGAGGAAGAGGCCUUGCAGCCAUUCCUGUAUUUCCCGGUGCUUUGGCUGGUGCUGAGUGAAGGAGUGAGAGCCCUUGCAGGGGCUGCCCUUGCCUCCAAACUUCUCUACCACACCUUGCUGGGGGUGUUGCCGUGUUUAGCACAUUCCUGUCCUAAUCCUCUCUUCCCAGAUUUUGACUGUCCUGCAGUCCCUGUAUCCUGUAGUUUUACCUCUCCAGGUCUGGAUCUUCUCUCAUCAACUACUUGCUGGUGGAUUUGUUGCAGGAUGAAUGAAAAGGGGAGCUGGCUGCUGCAUGCUUAGUUGGAGGCAAAAACAUGUAAGACAUGGAACUGCACUGUCUCAGAGAGACAAAAAUAUCAGGAGGCAAAAUGUGAGUGUUGGCAGGUAUUUGUGCCAAUAUUAUUAUAUUUUCUUUCUGCAUUUUGUUAUUGAUUUGGUUUUUUAAUCUUGUUCUAGAUGGGCAUGUCUGGAGGGAUAGAUUUUCUGGUUUCAGAUUCAACCACAAAGUAUAAUUUAAGAUAAAGAGGAGUGAUUAAUAAAACACGACUGCAAAUGAAACAUGGCAAAGACAUCCUGUUAUUCUGUGAACUUUUUGUGGCAUCAUGCUUUGAAGGGAGGAAAAAUUUUUAAAUUAAGUGGAUAUGGAGAGAAGUUGGUUGUCUUAAGGGGAAAAUGCUGGAAAAUUUUAUGUCUUUACCUUUGAUCUGUGAUAUCCUCUGACUGAGGGACUUCCUGAUGUCAGGAAAGGGAGUCGCCUGCCCUCUGUCCUGUAACGUGCUGGAUCAUGACACCAGUGAGUGCUUUUGUAAUUUCCUUCUGUUGUGUCUCAAAGUGUAAUAGCUCUAAGAAAAAAAGCACAGAAUUCUGGACAAAAAUGCAACUCUUUUGGGGUGGUUUGAGCUCAUUGUGCUAAAGGCUUGAUCCCUCUUCUUGUGUGUUGCUUUCGGGAAUCUUUACUGUGAUGUGUUCUGGGUAUGUGUGAUCUCGUCUUGAGAGUGUGAUUUGUGCAGUGCUGGGAUUGUGGUUGUUGUAUCUAAACCCCUGAAACUGCAAAAUAAAGAGAAAUGUACUCA